GUUCUGACGUCACAACCAGGAAGUAACCGGUCUCACAACAAGGACAGCAGCAGCUGCGUGUCCAGCCGACUUGUCAAAACUGGCAUGGCGGGGGCGGCGGUGCUGAGGUCUCUCCGGAUCCUACACCCCCGGACACUAGCGACUUCAGGCAGGUUUCUGGACCCGGGGGAGUGUGUCCUCUUCCCGGCUUCAUGUGUGCUUUACCCGCCGUGGAGGAGCUCUCCUGCCCGGUCGCUGCAGGUGUGCUCCGCCCUCUGUGCAGGACACAACAAGUGGUCAAAGGUGAAAAACAUCAAGGGACCUAAAGAUGUGGCGAGGUGCAAGAUGUUCAUGAAGUUUGCUUUACUGAUAAAGGUAGCUGUGAAAGAAGGGGGAACCAACCCAGGGAUGAAUGUAAAUUUAGCCAACGUGCUGGAGCAGUGCAGAAGCAAGAACAUGCCCAAAACAUCAAUAGAGUCCGCCAUCAAGAAUGCGACCAAACCAGGGUUGCAGCUCACUUAUGAAGUUCGGGGGCCGGGGGGGUGCAUGCUGCUCAUCGAGGCGCUGACUGACAACCGCACAGGCACCAACCAUGAAAUCAAACGGCUGCUCUCAAAGAACGGAGGGAUGAUUUCAGAGGGAGUGCGCCACAACUUCAUCAGGAAGGGGGUGGUGGUGGUCCCGGGUCAGAACGUCUCCACAGACAGAGCUCUGGAGCUGGCCAUCGAGGGGGGAGCCGAAGAUGUCCAAGAGAGCGAGGAUGAGGAGGAGCAGCCCAUCCUGAAGUUUAUCUGUGACAUGGUGGAAACCAGUAAGGUGCGGGCCUCACUGGGGAAGCUUGGAUUGGAGAUCACGUCUGUUGGGUUGGAGUUUUUACCACGCAUAUCUUUGUCUCUGAGUGAAGAUCAGCUGGAGGCGGCUUCAAUGCUAGUAGAAGCCCUCAGUGACUGUCCAGAUGUAGUUCAAGUCUGGGACAACAUCCAGGCUGACAGCUGAGGACGUAUCCGGGACAUUUUGUGGACGCUGAAUAUCGCAUGUUGGAUAUUAUAUUUCGAAAGAGAAAAAACCUGUACCGCUUGUCUGUGAGGAACUAUAAGCGGAAGAAAGUUGUGGUCCUUUUCAUGAUGUAUACUUCAAUGGACAUUUCUGUAAUAUAUUCUCUCAAAAGAUUGAAAUUACUAGAGUAUCAUUACGAGCCGGCGCCAAAAGACUUCUGCAUUUUCAUUUAUUUUAUUCUAGUCAAUGCUGUAUUUAAAAGUUUGUAAUACAGUAAGAAUUGAUAACCACAUUCACGUCCCUUUUCUUUAGCUCAUCAUUCAUGGGAUGCUGGAGAAGAUUAAACGUUUUACCAAAAUCAAA